UAGUCUUACUCAUAUAGAAAAUAUCUAUCUCAAAGAUAAUAUUAACAUUUCAAUCGUUAAACUUGAAAAGUGGACACAAAUAUAAUCUUGACUUAAAACAAUAAUAAUGUCCUUCAUUAUUCAACUGUCAAUCGAAAAUCUCAGUCAAUUGAUUAAUAUACGAAUUCAUUCUUAUAAAACUAUCAGUUAUUUAUCUCUAAAUAGGAAAUUGUGCUUCUUAAAGACAUAAUAAUGGUUACUUCGAAAAUGUUUCGAUCUCCUUUCAAUUGCUAAAAAUUCCAAUAAACUCUCUUUUAAAGUCUAAUUUCAUCGGAUCAAUAAUCAUAGAUUGGUAAAAGAAGUAUUCUAAACAAUAUAGUUAUUUAGAAAUUAAAUAUUGACUUUUCUCUUAUUUAUGUAAAAUGGUCAAAAGUUUUCAUUGAUUAUUAUAGAAAAUCCCAAAUAAAAUAAAAUAUACUGUUCAAACCCAUUGAUAAUCUGAAUAUGUUCUAUAUAAUCUUGCUUCACUAAACAUAAAAGGUUGACGUUUAGUUGAUCAACCUCUAUUGAAAACCGGUAGUUGUCGAUGUUGUUUUUGAUGAUGAUCAUUGUGAUGAUAAUAAUAUCGUUGUUAAAUAAUCAAGUAAAAGAUCAACAAGAACAAAAUCAGAUAAUGAUGAAUGUCUAUUUGAAAUUUAUUCUAUUUGUUGUUUAUAUAAAGGUUAUAUAUAAAAAUAAAUUUUAAUUCUAUUAAGACAAUCAUAUGAAAAUUGUAUUCAAUUGAUUAAUGAUUAUAAUAUAUCUUCAUCAAAUUCUUCAAUAUCAUUUUAUCUUGAUAAAUCUAAUCUUGAUUAUAAUUGUGCAUAA